AUGAGCCCGGCCCCCGGCCGCUCGCUGGCCACCGCCAGCACCCCCGGCAGAGCCAAGCUCACGCACCCCGGGAAGGCCAUUCUGGCGGGCGGCUUGGCCGGAGGCAUCGAGAUUUGUAUCACCUUCCCCACAGAGUAUGUGAAGACGCAGCUGCAGCUGGACGAGAAGGCCAACCCCCCUCGCUACCGCGGCAUUGCGGACUGUGUGCUGCAGACGGUUCGCAGCCACGGGGUCCUGGGCCUCUACCGCGGCUUGGGCUCCCUGCUGUGCGGCUCCAUCCCCAAGGUAGCCGUCAGGUUUGGCAUGUUCGAGUUUCUCAGUAACCGCAUGAAGGACGCCCAGGGCCGGCUGAACGCCCCCCGAGGGCUGCUCUGCGGGCUGGGGGCCGGCGUGGUCGAGGCCAUGGUGGUCGUGUGCCCCAUGGAGACCAUCAAGGUGAAGCUGAUCCACGACCAGUGCUUGGCCCGGCCCAGGUACGGGAGCUUCUUCCACGGCGUGAGGACCAUCGUCCAGGAGCAGGGCCUGAAGGGCAUCUACCAGGGCCUCACAGCCACGGUGCUGAAGCAGGGCUCCAACCAGGCCAUCCGCUUCUUCGUCAUGAUCUCCCUCCGCAACUGGUACCGGGGAGAUGACCCCAACAAGCCCAUGAACCCCGUUGUCACCGGGGUGUUCGGGGCCAUGGCCGGUGCGGCCAGCGUCUUCGGAAACGCGCCGCUGGAUGUGAUCAAGACCCGGAUGCAGGGCUUGGAGGCCCACAGGUACAGGAGCACCUGGCACUGCAGCUACCAGAUCCUGAAGCACGAGGGGCCCAAGGCCUUCUACAAGGGCACUGUGCCCCGCCUGACCCGGGUUUGCAUGGACGUGGCCAUCGUCUUUAUCAUCUAUGACGAAGUGGUCAAGUUUCUCAACAAAAUCUGGAAGACGGACUGA